AGAGCGAGAAAAACGGUGGGGGAGAAGGGAGCGGUUCAAGUGCAGCUAUAUGCGUGAUGACCACUGUCAUCAAUUAACCAUAUUAUUCUUGUUUCUCUCUCUAGAUUUUGAUUCCGUACAUGGUUAGGGUUCGAAUUCGUUGAUAAUCUACUUGUUCCAGAUUUGAACAAUGGGAAGAAACCGUUUCUGCACUUUCUACGUCUGUAUUGAGCAUUUCUGGUAAUUAGAGAUAGAGACAGAAAGCAGAGAUAGUUAGAAUGAGCGCUUCCAGAUUCAUCAAGUGUGUGACGGUGGGCGAUGGUGCGGUUGGAAAGACAUGUCUCUUGAUUUCCUAUACCAGCAACACCUUCCCCACGGAUUAUGUGCCUACUGUGUUUGAUAAUUUCAGUGCCAAUGUUGUCGUUAAUGGAGCCACUGUUAACCUAGGCCUGUGGGAUACUGCUGGGCAGGAGGACUACAACAGAUUACGGCCUUUGAGUUAUCGUGGAGCUGAUGUUUUCAUUCUGGCAUUUUCUCUUAUCAGCAAGGCAAGCUAUGAAAAUGUUUCCAAGAAGUGGAUUCCCGAAUUGAAGCAUUACGCUCCUGGUGUCCCUAUAGUUCUUGUUGGCACAAAACUUGAUCUUCGGGAUGAUAAGGAGUUCUUCGAAAAUCAUCCAGGUUCUGUACCAAUCACCAAUGUACAGGGAGAGGAGCUGAGGAAAUUGAUUGCAUCUCCGUCUUAUGUUGAAUGUAGUUCAAAAACACAAGAGAAUGUGAAAGCAGUUUUUGAUGCUGCGAUUAAAGUUGUUCUCCAGCCACCCAAGCAAAAGAAAAAGAAGGGAAAGGCUCAAAAAGCCUGUUCGAUAUUGUGAUCAGCUUAAGGUGAAGAUAUACGUUCCAUGCCAUCUACGUCCUUUUCUCUUCCUUUUGCGUAAGAAGUAGGAAAUCGCCUUGUAUUCGUGUGCCCAAAGUACUACUGAUCUAUGUGAAAGUGCAUGUGGCUUGAAUCUGCAUAGUGCUUGAAUUGCUAGGUCGCACUUUUAGGCCACUUCAUUGUGCCCUGCCUGUUUUCCUUCGUUUUUGUUUAUGUAUCGAUCAGACAUAAAACUAUGAUGUUCGCUAGUAUGAAGGCUUCUUUAAUCCUUUCUUCUA